AGGAGCAGUGACAGGAGAAAAUAAGGUAGGCUCUUCGAUUGAGCGACCAGAAAACUCAGCUACCUCGCCAAUCUCGCCCGUGUCGUUGCGGUGUAAAAAAACAGAGGAAGAAAUGCGCACAGAACCGAACCCCACGAGCGGAGAAAGUGAGGCGCACGCUUGCCGAACCCCCUCCGACCACCGGCAAAAAACACACGUAACGUAACCCGCGAAGCCGCCUCCCCCUCCUCGUUCUGCUUCCCAAGAAGAGGAAGAGAGUUUGGAGCUCACUCAACGACAGGAACACCCCCCUCGCGUCGCAGCUACCGUUCAACCCCAACAACAACAACAACAACAACAUCGACAAGAAACGAGGACCCAACAGACCCAUCUCCCCAUUCCUCCAUUUUCUCCUUCCUCCCCAUCACCCUCGACCCAGUUUCUCUCUCUCUCUCUCUCUCUCUACUGUGCAAAAACCCAGCUGAAAAGGAAGGAACUUUCAGGUAUGCUAACCCCUUGUCCCCGAACCCAGUAGUCCCCGCCACCCCACCACCAUGUCCUCCUCCUCCUCCAGUUCCUCCAGCUCCGCCGCGGCCGGCUCCGACCCCCAGGCCCCGCUCCUCGCCCCCCGCCAGGGCAGCGCCGACGAUGGCUCCGACUCCGUGCCCCGCCCUCCCACCCUCGCGGUCCUCCUCGGCCGGGCCGCGGGGCGGGGCGGCCCCUCCAUGCUGGUCCGGGAGACGGCCGCGCGGGAGCUCGAGCAGCGGCGCGCCGACUGGGGCUACUCCAAGCCCGUGGUCGCGCUGGACAUCAUGUGGAACGCGGCGUUCGUGGUGGUGUCCGUGGUCAUGCUCGUCUGCACCGCGGGCGAGCACCCAAACACCCCGAUCCGGCUCUGGAUCUGCGGGUACGCCGCGCAGUGCCUGGUCCACGUGGUCCUCGUGUGGAUUGAGUACCGGCGGCGCAACUCGCGGAGGGUCAGGGACGAGGAGCGGCAGCAGAACUACAAUUACGUGAACGACAGCGAGGACGAGGAGGCCGCCGGCGCGGACGCGGCUUCGGGCAGCUCGGCUCGGUCGAAUGUCACCAAACGCUGUGAAUCAGUGAAUACCAUGGCCUCAUUUCUGUGGUGGAUAGUUGGCUUUUAUUGGGUAGUUUCUGGCGGAGAUAUUCUUUUAGCUGAAGCGCCUCGUCUCUACUGGUUGGCUGUGGUAUUUCUGGCAUUUGACGUAUUCUUUGCCAUCUUUUGUGUUGUUUUGGCAUGUCUGAUUGGGAUUGCUCUUUGUUGCUGUCUGCCAUGCAUUAUUGCGAUUCUUUAUGCUGUUGCUGGACAGGAGGGUGCAUCAGAGGCCGAUCUCAGUAUCCUUCCUAAAUACAAGUUUCAUAUAUUGAGCAAUGGUGAAAAAACUGUUGUUGGAGCUGGAAAGUUGGUUCCUGUUGAAACAACUAGCGGAUAUCUUGCAAAUGAAAGAUUGCUUCUGCCUGAGGAUGCGGAGUGCUGUAUAUGUCUCACCUCAUAUGAGGACGGAGCGGAGCUCCAUGCUCUCCCCUGCAACCACCAUUUCCAUUCAACAUGUAUCGUGAAAUGGCUCAAGAUGAACGCGACCUGUCCUCUCUGCAAGUACAACAUUCUCAAAGGAAACGAACAGAUAUAAAGUUAGGGAAACAAAGAAAAAUCACAGAAGUGCUCAUGUUCACCCCUCUCGGAUGGUCCUUAUGUAUAGAUAGAGAACAUCGGAACCAGAGAUUUCCUCCUAACAUUUAUUUUAAAAUAAGUCAUAGCAAUCUGUUGAUUGAGCUUCGUUUUUGCGUGUGAUCUCCCGGCCUGUCAGAGUUUCUUGUUGUUUGUAUUGGUUGUUGUAUUGUGAAGCUCCUACACACAGAAUUUGAUUGAUGCUUCGCUUGCUCGUGCUCGAAUUGCAUCCUUUGUAAAUUAGUUGAAGAGGAAAUUGUGUAGUGCUGUACUGCUCAGAUUGAUUCAUAACACACUCUGUUUUUCC